GUUACGCACCCGCCCGCGCGCGCGCCCGCCUUCCUAUUGGGCGCGGCCGCCGUCCGUCCCGCUGGUGCUCGCAGGAAGGUUCGGUUGACCGCGUGUUGUGAGGCGAGCUGGGAAGUUGGGUUGGCGUCGCGGGGCUGGGUCGCCGUCGCUGAGGGGGCGGCGGAGCAACAGCAGCAGCCGGAGCCGCCACCGUCGCGGCCGGGCGGCCGGAACCGCGAAGCCGCCGCCGCCUCCGCCUGAGCAGGCCGAGCCUCCGUUCCCUUCCUCAUCCGUCGCCUUCUCUUCUUCCUCCUCCUCGUCCGCCGCCGCCUCUUGUGGCGGCGGCUGCGGCGGCGGCUCCGCCCGUGCCGGUGGCAACAGCAGCGGCGGCGGCGGCGGCACAGCAGCCAUGACGCUGGAGUCCAUGAUGGCCUGUUGCCUCAGCGACGAGGUGAAAGAGUCGAAGCGCAUCAACGCCGAGAUCGAGAAGCAGCUGCGGAGGGACAAGCGCGACGCCCGCCGGGAGCUCAAGCUGCUCCUGCUCGGCACGGGAGAAAGUGGGAAAAGCACCUUCAUUAAACAGAUGCGGAUAAUCCAUGGCUCGGGCUACUCUGAAGAGGAUAAAAAGGGUUUCACCAAACUGGUGUACCAGAAUAUCUUCACUGCCAUGCAGUCAAUGAUCAGGGCUAUGGAGACCUUAAAGAUCCUAUACAAAUAUGAGCAAAAUAAGGCCAAUGCACUACUGAUCCGAGAAGUGGAUGUAGAAAAGGUUUCGUCCUUUGAACAACCCUAUGUAAGUGCAAUUAAGACAUUGUGGAAUGACCCAGGAAUCCAAGAAUGCUAUGACCGGCGGCGAGAAUACCAGCUCUCUGACUCCGCUAAAUACUACCUUACUGAUGUGGAUCGUAUUGCCACCCAAGGGUACCUCCCAACCCAACAAGACGUCCUGCGGGUCAGAGUCCCAACAACUGGGAUCAUAGAAUACCCCUUUGAUCUCGAGAACAUUAUAUUCAGAAUGGUGGAUGUUGGUGGGCAAAGGUCAGAAAGGAGGAAGUGGAUACACUGCUUUGAAAAUGUAACUUCCAUCAUGUUCUUAGUAGCUCUUAGUGAAUACGACCAAGUCCUGGUGGAAUCUGAUAACGAGAACCGCAUGGAGGAGAGCAAAGCCCUUUUCCGGACCAUCAUCACCUAUCCCUGGUUCCAGAAUUCCUCUGUCAUCCUCUUUCUCAAUAAGAAAGAUCUCUUGGAAGACAAGAUCAUGUACUCUCACCUUGUGGACUAUUUCCCAGAGUUCGAUGGCCCGCAGAGAGACGCUCAAGCAGCCCGGGAAUUUAUCCUCAAAAUGUUUGUGGAUCUCAACCCCGACAGCGAUAAAAUUAUCUACUCUCACUUCACCUGUGCCACAGAUACGGAAAAUAUCCGGUUUGUCUUUGCUGCCGUCAAGGACACCAUCCUGCAACUCAACUUGAAGGAAUAUAACCUAGUCUGACCUUGAAUGAAUCUGUCCUCUUCUCCCGCCCUCCCGAUCCGCCCCUCCCUUAAUCUCUUUGGGAGACCUUUUGUCGUGAAGAAAAGUAAGGCAAACGAAUCCCAUGAAUUUAAACCCAACAGGAAAACGACCUUGAUUUUUAAUGAUGUAAUGAUUGCAAAUUGUCUGAUCUGUGGAGUGGCAAAAAGUUUUUUUUUGUUUUUGUUUUCCUUUUUUUUUUUUUUUAAAGCACACCGUUACCUUCGGUCUCAUGUCCGCCCCACGGAUUUUUUUUAAAGAAAGAAAUUGCUUUUAUUUCACAGUUUAAAAACAGUGGGGGACAUGCUUCACUUUUUUUCUCUCUCUCUGGCACCUUGUUAAUUUCCUGCUUUGUUGCCAGCAGUCAAGGCGGUUUCCUCUCAGACUUUGUACGUUGCAUUAGUAAAUUCCUUUUUUUUUUUUUUCCUGUCUGAUCUGGCGAUAAACGUAUCCCAGACCAUCAAGCCAAAAUAAUGAGCUUUAUUCGGCUGUGGGAGUAUAAAAUGUAGCUAGGACCUUCAGCUUCUGUGCCAUAUAAUGCCUCUGGGGUGAGUCCUCCCCCCCCCCUCCCUCCCUGUACAUCUUGACUGUAAGGAUUAUGUGCCGAAAGGGUUUACCCUAGAUGACAUCGUCAGAGGAAAACCCAGUUUGCGACAAGUGCAAAACAAGCCGUCUUUUUGGUUCCCGCGUUCUUUCGUUGCUUUUUUAUUCUCUUGAUUUAGUUUCCUUCCCUCCGAAAGUUCUAUUGAGACUGUGAUAUUUUUUUUUUUAAAUUAUUGUUCUACGCGUAGUUUGCUACAUGUGCUAUAACUUUCGUUUGUUGACUACCAACCAAGCAAUAGCUAUCAAGCCUGAGGGAAGUGCCUGAUUGCAUUUUUUUUUUUGUUUUGUUAUCCUUUUUUUUUCUUUUCCUGUUUUCCAAUUUAGUGUUUGAAAAAAAAAAGAAAAGAAGAAGAAAGUUAAAAUUUGCUUCUCACCCAACGUGAGAAAAUCCCUUUGGUGGGAAUCCGAAAUCUGCGCCAGAUUUUGGGCCGGAAGGAAGAUUUGAGGUUUUGACUCAUUCUCUUGGAUCGUUUGUGUGUGUGUGUGUGUAUAUGUAUGUGUGUGUGUGUUUUGCAAAUUAACCCUUUGGGAUUGGGAAAAAUCUUGACCCAGUGUUUGGUCGGGGUGGGGUUAAGAUGGUGUCUGCAUUCUGAGUCAAACUGAAGCAACCUUUUUUUUUGCCUUGUUGGUCCUAAAAAGUAUUGGAAAGGUCUGUCCGCUCUUGGCGUGAUUGCAGCCAGAUCAAGGGAGGCCUUUGAAUGACAGUGCCAAGGCUGGUGUGAUUGGCAGCUGCUGCCAUCCAUCCUCCCAUCUUCUUGACCCCGUUCUCUCUCUCUCUCUCUUUCUCUCUCUCUUGGAAGCCUGCUCGCUCUGGGGGUGCCCAGGAACGUGCAUGGAAAGGAGAGCCCAGCCAAAGGGACCUGUGGAAUAGAGGUGGUUUUAUAGGUGUAGCUUUGAAGUGGACCAGGUGAGAGGGGUCCCUUUUUGAGAGGCUGAGUGCCAAAUGUGUGCCCUGCUCCGAGCCAGUGCCAAACCCCAAACUUUUGCCAGUCUUUUCGGAAGGCAGAUGGCCACAGGACCCAACUAGGGAAUCUAGAGAAAUUAGUCGGUCUCCCUCUCUUCUUCCGGAGAUCCCGGGUAGCGGCAACACAAUAUAAGCAUCUCGCAACUGCCAACCGUCACAUUUACAGAUGCCGCGAGAAACAGCCUUUUUUCACCAAUGGGACAAACGGGCCGAUCCCUGGGAAAGGAUGGGAGCGUCCGAUGUGCUUUCCCCCUCCCCUUUUUAAAAAUUUUUUUGUCACGUUGCAACGGGCGACACUAGUGGACUUCCGCGCAUGAGAUGUUAAUGAAGGGUUUGAGGGGGCGUGUUUUGCUUCGACACAACAACACUAAUUUCGCAUGGACAUUUGCAGCAUUCCAGCGGGGGGGGUGGGAGCGGGUGCUGCCUUUGGCUCUCUGGGAUCGCCCCCUUUUUUUGUGGAACACUACAGAAAGAAGCCGGGGCAGGGAGAGCUGCAUUUUGGGGGGGGUGGGUGGGGUGAGGGGAGCCCCUCCCGCUUACCCUUGCAUUGUAUCAACAACACACAGUGAAUGAGAAGUUGCUAAAAUUGGGAGAAAGUAACCGUCAGUUACUACAGAGUAACUACACAAAAGGGCUUGUUGGGUUGAUGGGGGGGCGGUGUGGGGGGGGAAGAAAUGGAGCUAUUUUCCAAUGUCACCAACAUUCCUGACUUUUUCUUAAUUGUGUUGAUCUAAAUGUCUUGUGGGGGGGGGGAACACUGUGUUUUAGGGGUUUGGGGCGGGGGGGGAAACGAACGGAUCCCCCCGAUAGGCAGAGGAAUGUCGAAUGUUGUCUUCUCGCCCAAAGACCCCACCAGACUUGACUUUCCAUAAGGGGAAACUCUGUCCUUGCAAAGGUGCCAUGACUUUAAACUCUCGGAAGCCCCUCCCUGGAAGUGUUUUCUUUCUUGGAUGGCGUGAUGAGACCCUGCCUCUGCGGCGGGCUUUCACUGCAGCCCUUGGACCUGGGAGACUCGGAUUGGGAGCGCCUGGCCCAUCACUCUCGGCAUCGCCUUUCCAGGAAACGGGCCUCCAUCCCGGACCGCCGUGCCUGCCCAAGCGGGCUCUUCAUCCGUAAGCCGCUGGGGAGCUGCGUGGAGAUUGUGCGGUGUGUGUGUGUGUGGGGGGGGGGGCUGCUCUUCUUUUCUCGCAAAGCCGCACUACGUGGACCAGCCGUCGUCGGGAUGGAAGUUCCCACCCCCCCAGGGUGGGUUUCUGCUCCGGAGCGUGCCAACCUUCCUCUCCCAUCGCAGCAACGUUCCUCCCUUCCUCUUCCGUUGGCUGGGCUGAUGGGAACCGGUCGAGGUUCCAGAUGGCCCCCCCCCCGAAAGAAAAGACCGGCGGGGGCCCUUGGAAUCGGGCCCGUGUGUGGCGAAGGCAGCCAAAGUUAAGACAGGAGCAGUCUGACCAUGUUCUUGUUCACGGUGCACUUUAUAUGAAGAAAACAAAGGAAAAAAAAGAAGAAAAAAAGUAAGAAUCCUACUGAAGAAAGCACUAGCCUGCUCACACACUUCGUCAGACUGCAGGCGGAAAGAGGAUUGCCAAAAGACACCAUUCCAUUUCCUUUCGGGGGGGGGGGGGGGGUGCGGCGUUUGGCCCCCCCCCCCCGGGCCCGCCCCCCCCCCCCCCCUUCCAACAGUCUCCCCUUUGGGAUUGAAUUCUCCACCUGCUUUUUGCCUUUUAUCGUGUGCCCCUCCCUCCAGACACAUUUUAUAGCUACUUUUGGGGGGCGGGAAGUGUAGGAUUCUGCUUGACCGGAAAGGAAGGGCCGAGUUCACCAUCCGACGUUUCAAGUCUGUAAUUCAGUACUCUCUGUGUGCGUGUGCGUACGUUGUAUACUUUUUCUUUUCUUUUUAAUUUUCAAGAAGAAGAAGAAGGAAAAAAGAGAAGCAUUAAUUACAUGGUUCUGUGCCAAUGCCCGUUCUUUUCUUUUAGUACCAGAGACACUUUUACAAGUACCAGUGUGGUGAAAAAAUUAUUUGGUUAUACUAGUAUAUUAUAAACAGAGAACCUGAUUUAAAAAAGAAUAACAUUUAAACGUCCUAUUUAAAAAGAAUAUAAAAAUGCUGUUUUUAAAAAACCUUUUUUGUCAUUUUGAACUUGCAUGUGGUGUUAACACGUGGGGGCAGGGUGGGCAAAGGAGGGAAUUUGGAAUUGCGUGGCCCGGGGUUGGUAUUCCCCCCCCCUCCCUUGUGUUCCUGUCUCGCACUCCCGACGGCGAGGAGGAGGAGGAGGAGGAGGAGGCAGAGGCUGGGUUUCUCGGAACACUUGAAUUCGUUCAUCUGCUGGGUGCUGACCCUCCUUAUUUUAGAAGUACCUGAUGGAAAAUUGAUUUUCAUAGCUUUCUCCUGAAUAAAUUGUUUGAAAUUGGAAUAAAAUUCAUUCCUUACAAAAA